UCAAAACACAUUACUCAUUCCAUAACAUACACUCUCUCCUAUGGCCUUCAACUAUCAUUUCAAGUUGGUUGUUCUCGCAGCCCUUUUCUUGUUGGGGGCAUGUGAAUCUCUAGCCACUGCACGUACUCUUGAAGAGACCUCCUUACUUUUGCGCCAUGAGAGGUGGAUGACUCUCCAUGGACGUACAUAUAAAGAUGAGGCUGAGAAGGCAAAACGAUUCCAUAUUUUCAAGGAAAAUGUGAAGUUUAUUGAAGAUUUUAACAAGGCUGACAAUCGUUCUUACAAACUGGGCACUAACAAAUUUACCGAUCUUACUAAGGAGGAGUUUCAAACCACCAUGCUUAAUGAAGAGAAGUCACUACGCCCUAAGACAUUAAAACCAACAUACUUUUUUAAUAAGAGUUUGGAUCAAGCUCCAGACUCUUUGGACUGGAGAGAGCAUGGUGUCGUGACAGAUAUCAAAGACCAAGGAAAAUGCGGUUGUUGCUGGGCGUUUGCAGUGGUGGCGGCGGUGGAAGGAAUAACCAAAAUAAAAACAGGCCAAUUAAUUUCCUUAUCCGAGCAGCAACUCCUCGACUGCGACGUCAACAGCAACGGCUGCAGCAGCGGAAUCCGAACGGAGGCGUUCGAAUUCAUAAAGGAAAACGGCGGCCUCGUGACGGAGUCCGACUACCCCUACGAGGGCGCUCAGGAAAGCUGCAACAGGCAAAAACUCGGCACCCCGGCGGCCACCAUUUCCGGCUACCAAGAGGUGGCCACCACCGAGUCCGCUCUCCUGGCGGCCGUCACAAACCAGCCUGUCUCCGUCGGAAUCACCAUCGGCGCGGAAGUGUUCCAGCACUACAAAACCGGAGUUUUCACCGGCGUGGACGGCGACGAAGGCUACUGCGGAUCGGGAUACCACCACGCCGUGACGAUCAUUGGGUACGGGACGAGCGAUAAUGGAGAGGACUAUUGGUUGGUGAAAAAUUCAUGGGGGACCAGUUGGGGUGAGAAUGGUUAUAUGAAGAUGGUCAGAGGAAUCAAUGAAGGAGGAGUUUGUGGCAUUAACACCAGGGCUUCUUACCCCACAGCUUAAAUUUUACUAUGAAUUAUAUAUUGUUGUAAAUCUUUUGCAACAAGCAAAUUUAUAGUCAAAAAAUGCUUCCACAUCA